AUGAAAAGAUCGGCUGGCUCAAGAGGCCUGAUGGAAAAUUGGCUGAAGAAUUGCAACAAAAAAACUGUCACUUUGAGUGAUCGUUGUGAGACUGAUAGCGAGCAACCGAAUAUUGAAACCGGAAGUGUCAUCGAUAUUCGUUCAAAUGCUGGUCAUCCUAACAGGUUGCAAUCUACAGCGUCUGCCAGUUCGAGCACUUCGAGCAAUGAUAAUUUAAAGAUAACAUCAAACUUAUCAUUGUCUCACAACCACCCUCCGGCUCAACCGAUUAUUUCCGAAUUUCCAGUAAAAAAUGGCAGAAGAUUCAAUCCCGAGCACUACAAAAUAUUCAGAUGGCUUGAAUACUCCAUUGAAGAUGAUUCUGUUUACUGCUAUGCAUGUAGACAUUUCUGUAGAAAUACUGUAUUUGCUGGACAAUCCUACGGAAAAGUAGCGUUUGUUGACUAUGGUGUGAGUAAGUGGAGAGAUAUCAAAUCCAUACUUCAACAACAUUCUGUGAGUCAGAAACAUAUAAGUUCUAUGACAUUUUGGACAAAUGCCACUGCAAUUCAAAAUAAAACUUCCCAAAACAUAGCAAAUACGUUGAACGAGAACCGCGCCUGUGAUGUUGAAGAUAACCGCCGGCAUGUUCGAUGGUUGAUUAAAGCAACUUGUUUCCUGGGGAGGCAAGGACUAGCUUUUCGGGGGAAAGAUGAAAGCGAAAAUUCUAGGAAUAAAGGAAAUUUCAUUGAGCUGCUAGAAAUUUUCUCUGAUGAAAAUAAGAGGUUGAAAGAAAAAUUGUCUCUACGAUAUGGUCACUACACUUCCCCAGAAUAUCAAAACGACUUAAUCGCUACAGUCGGUGCUCUUACAAGACAAUCUAUUCUAGACAAGAUGUCAUCGCAUGGGUUUUUCUCUAUUUUAGUCGAUGAAUCGAAAGAUAUUUCAAAAAAGGAACAGUUGUCAUUUGUUCUCCGGUUCGUGGAUAAAUUAGCCCUAUCUGACCAAUCAGUUGAUAAAGUGGUACGAGCUGAAGCUACUGGUUUACUGGCAGAAAUUUCCAGGACAGAAUUCACUUUAACUUUGUGCACUAUGGAAUCAAUACUAGAAAAAGUUCAUGCCUUGUCUUGUGAGCUUCAAAAUACAGAGCUCAAUAUAGUAGCAGCACUCAAAUUGGUCAAUUGUACCAAAAAAAUGUUAGAGAACAUGAGGAAUGAUACCUCAUGGAAUGCAAUAAAGGACACCGCCACGAUAAUGAACUCCGAUCAAGAAAUGACUAUUCAACGUACCAGGCACUCCAGGCAGAGAAAAUAUAAUAGCAGAUUAACCGAUUAUUUUGUUGAUAGUACUAUAGGCAAGAACGAUAAUCCUGAAAUCAAAAUUGAUGUAUUCUUCAUGGUCCUAGACAGGGACGAUUUAUUGAGUAGAUGUGCUGAAUUAGCUGAAGUUCUGAAUUCUACACUCUCGAACUAUGGCUACUAUUCUGGUACUCCCCAACGUACUCUUGUUAGGAACGCGAACAACGACCAAAUCGGUCAAAAUUGUAGUAGACAGUAUGACCCCGCUUCUUCAUCAAACCUCAUGGAUGAGCCCAUCCCACACAUAGCAUAUCAGCCUACAAUUUCACCUCAUGUCGCAACUUCUAUCCCUACGGCCGACUUGAUUGACUUAACAGAAGUACCAAGCCAACCAACUCAGGCUUAUUCAGGAGAAACUCGUUUUGAUAAAAAUUAUUGCCCUCCAAACCAGAACUUACCGCGCGAGAACUUGAACUUUGCGAAUGGGUCAAGACCCACCUAUCACACUGAGGAAGCUUACCCUCGGGUUCCUUACCCCUCAACAUCAGAGCCUACUGCAAAGACGAGAGGAUGGUUGGGAUGUACAGGAUGUAAGAAAAUGUGCUGUUACGAGUGUGUGAAUGUAAAUAGCUCCGAUGAUGUAGCCGCCAACGAAUCGUGGAUGUGUCCAUCAUGUGAAGCAGCGACCAGAGUAACACAACCAGCACAGUCCCAUAAACCUACAUGCAGCAAGAAGAGUAGUUGUCUUCCAAGAAGCAAGAAAAGAUCUUCAGUAUUCAACAGCAGUACUGAGAUGGGAAUGCAGCUGAUUGAAGAAGAAAGAGAAUCAUUGCGAAAAGAGAGAGAAUUAGCUAAGGAAGCAAUACAACUACUAGAUAAAGAGUCAGAUGAUAGUCAAGAUAUCAGUGACGAAGAAAUACGAAAAUCUGACCCUUUAGUCAAUCAAAUGCUAUCAUUGCAGAUUGAUGAAUGCUCAGUAAAUAGGGAUAAUGAGCAAUAUACUCGUUUGUCUAAUCCUCAACAUACUACUGUUAUAAAUAUACCUAAUGGAGCUCAAAGUUCUUCUAGAUUUCAACCAACUAAUCCACAGCCAUUUGCUCCUGAUCAAAACUAUGUAGUGAUCAAAAACUAUGUAGUGUCAAAUGACACAAUGAUAGAUGUGAGAAACGACAUUCACUCUCCUAGUGGCUAUCGAAUAUCACAUAACCCUCCAGUAUUUCUGUGCUCGUCUCCUGGACCAGACCCCUACUGCUCUCAAGAUAUAUACAAUUCAAUAUACGAAGAACUGAGUGAUGCAGAAAGUGAAUUAACACCUGCUCUCCUUAGUGAGGAUGAAUUUGCAGAAGACGAGCUCAGCCUAGCGGAAGAAAUGGAGAGGAGGCGAAUGGAUCUUCAGCCUUCAACAUACAGAUUAGAUCAACUCCGCAUCAGGCAAGAUAUUUCCAGGUGUCACAGGCCACAUGAACCUUUGCCUUCAGUACCUGGAUAUAACAUGCGUCAUAAGACCCUGAAUAUACGAAGACGAUAUCCCUCUGGUCAAGAGUUCCACGAAGAAAUGCUCUUGGAUGCGCUUCUUCGACUUUAUCCUAGAGUAGGCAGCGUGGAGCAGCCUGCAUCUACCAUAAGAACUAUUCCUAGCAUAACACAUAGAAUUCAAUGCAUGUCCGAAACUACUGAACAUUAUGAAGCGGUUCCGGUGCUUGAGAACUCCGUGACUUUCAGAAUGGUUCCUGAGCCUAACUCGCAAGACUCAGCGCUGGGUUCAGAUUCAGGGUACAGCAAUCAUACUAUCGGUCGUUAUUCUAAUAGGGGUAGGAAAGAGCCUAGGGGGUUAUCGCAAUUGAGUGCUGAUUUAUUAUCAAGUUAG